GAAGCUGGACAAGUGUCGUUCAGUUAAAGAGUCCUAACUAAGCUUCCCUCCUUUUUUUUAAUCUUUUCUUAUUACUUCCACAGCACAAACACUUAAAAUUUUCUUUCUUUUCAUUUCCUAAAUCAUCUCAACCACCAUCAUUUCCUCCAAUUACAUCAUGUAGCCUUCUUUCAUCCAAUUAAACCUGCUCAAUUAUUACAUAACAUGAUUUCUUCCCAUCUUCCAUCCAAUUAAACAAAUCUUGAUUUGAAUGUUAGAUCAUAAGAUGGUUAAACAAGAAGAAGAGGAAAGGCUAUUGUGCAAGUACACACUGGAUGAGGCACUUGCUGCUGUUGGUUUUGGUAAAUUCCAAGGACUUGUUCUUGUUUAUGCUGGAUUGGGUUCUUUUGCUGAAGCAAUGGAAAUGAUGAUUCUCUCUUUUGUGGGACCUGCUGUUAAAUCUGAAUGGGGACUCUCCUCUUCUCAGGAGAGCCUGUUAACCAGUGUUGUUUUUGCUGGUAUGCUUUUUGGAGCAUAUUCUUGGGGACUUAUCUCUGACAACUAUGGAAGAAGGCAUGAAGGGUAUCCUGGGCUCAACUCUUCUAACUUGUGGAGCAGGAUCACUAAGUACUUUCUGUCCCAAUUAUAUAUCAUUGAUAACUCUUCGUUGCCUGGUGGGUAUUGGCCUUGGUGGUGGACCUGUUUUCUCCUCUUGGUUUCUAGAGUUUGUUCCUGCUUCACAUAGAGGCACAUGGAUGGUUGUCUACUCAACUUCCUGGACAUUUGGUACUAUUUUUGAGGCUACACUUGCAUGGAUUGUGAUGCCAAGAUUAAGUUGGAGGUGGCUACUUGCAUUCUCCUCUCUGCCAUCAAUUGUUCUGCUUCUCUUUUAUCGUCUUGCACCAGAGUCUCCAAGGUAUCUAUGCACAAAAGGUAGAUUCACUGAUGCACAUAGAAUUCUGGAGAAAAUAGCUCUACUAAAUCAAGCAAAACUCCCGGGGGGGAUUCUUGUUUCUGAUAGUACAACUGGACUGGAUGAAGAAUCUUCCUCCUUAAGCCAUCAGCCCUUAUUGUCUUUGGCCAGAAAAAGGGUGUCCAGUUUUAAAUCCGCUUUCUCAUCAUUUUUCAUGCUUUUCUCAUCAAGAUUAAUAAAAACAACACUUCUCUUGUGGGUGUUGUACUUUGGAAACUCGUUCUUAUAUUAUGGUAUUAUAUUGCUGACCUCGGAGCUGAGCGGCAGACAAGACGAAUGUCGCUCAGCUACCUCAAGCUUGGAAAAUCACCAGGAUGAGAACCUCUACAUAGAUAUAUUUAUCACCAGUUUGGCAGAGCUUCCUGGGAUUAUUUUAUCUGCAAUUACUGUGGAUAGAUUUGGUCGCAAGCGUUCCAUGAUAUUUAUGUUUGUUGCGGCUUGCAUUUUCCUUUUGCCACUUGUUUCCCAUCAGAGUGCAGUCUUGAGAACAUCAUUUUUAUUUGGUGCUCGCAUGUGCGCCAUAGGAACCUUCACAAUUGCAUGCAUAUAUUGCCCGGAGCUAUAUCCGACCCCCGUGCGAACAACAGGUUCUGGAGUUGCAAGUGCUGCGGGGAGGAUUGGCGGGAUGAUAUGCCCUCUGGUAGCUGUUGGACUGGUGACUGGAUGCCAUGUUGAGGCAGGUAUAAUUGUAUUUGAGGUAGUAGCAGCUAUUUCAGCAAUUUGUCUUCUCUUCUUCCCAUAUGAAACCAAAGGAUGUGAAUUAAGCGACAGUGUAGGUCCAUUUGAUCCUAAGCAUAAUAAUCUUGUUGGAUGAUAAGAGUGCGUAGAGCUUCAUUCUUAAGAAUGCAAUGUACAAGUAUAUAAUUGAAUCAACGAGCUGCAAUUACAUUUUUUCUUUUCAAAUUUCUGUAUUCUGUAAAUAUCUUUUUUGAGAGUAGUGUCCAUUUUUGCCUCAAGUA